AUGCAUCCCGGUUGCGCACGUUACCAAAGCCGUCAGCUGGUAAAGGUUAGGGCGCUGGCAGCACUGUCAACUGUUCUGACGGUUCUGCUUAUCGCUGAUUCCGUGCCUUCCAGCGCAGCAGCAUCCAUAACUAGCAUCACUCCUCACGCUGACAACAGUACCGUCACGGACACGAUGCAGAACCUGUCGACGCACAUUCUGGAUACGACGCGGGGUAGGCCGGCGGCGGAAGUGCCUGUAACGCUGUUCCAGCGCACCUCUAGCCAAUCCUGGGCGAAGAUCAGCACGGGCAUUACGGAUGGGGACGGUCGGUUUCGCAGCUUCUUCGCCGAGGGUCAACCGGGGCUUGAACGAGGCGUGUACAAGCUGUACUUCGAUGUCGGACUCUACUUCCGUGGGCGAAGCGUCGAAAGUCUUUAUCCGUUCGUUGAGAUCGUUUUCACCGUCGCUGACCCUACCCAACACUAUCACAUACCGCUGUUGCUGAACCCGUUCGGCUAUUCGACGUACCGCGGCUCAUAG